GUCACCGCCAUUCACAUGGCCACCACGCUGCAAGUCUCAUCUUUCACGUUUCCGUAUUCACAUGGCCGUUUCACUGAACUUAGCCAGCACGCUUGCCAGCACGUUACCCAUUACCUCCAGGAAGCACAUCCGAUAUCCAAAACCGCAGCAGCGGCAGUAACCAUUUCUGUUCACCGGCUGAAACAAGUUGUUUCAGCAGCACGGACCUAGGGAGACUCGUGCGUGUGAGAAUCCCGCCCACCCAGAGCCUUUCCUGAAACGUACGAAAUAUUUUCACGCGUCGAAUCUCUCGUCCUAUCCGUACGACGCUGGUCGAGACCAGCCGAUCAAAAAGCAACCUUUGAAAUUCAGGUAUCAGUUUCCCGACGAAUACCGCGAGAAUACUAGUUCCGACUGCAGGUGAUAUUUGAGAACCCUCAAAAAGCACUCCGGGAGGAACAAGAGAUCCGAUUAGCUUCCUGACAUUUGUUCUGCCAGCUUUCUGACGCCAACUCUAGUGGGGACAGCGAUCGUGUAAGGAGUGUCGUCGAAUUGUCCAAGGGGGUUUCUUGUCUGCCAAACGGCAAACUCUACCGAGUUUCACGUCCUCAUCCCGCGGCUCGGAGCCACAAUGCCAGGAACAAUCUGCAUUCAGGUUCUGGAGUGCACCAACGUGCCAGGAAACCAAGGCGAUCAGCUCUCAGUACAAGUCUCGGUGGGGUCGAAAGUCUUCUCCACUUGCCAUCAAUCGUCUGUCAAAGCGUCGCUGGGAAAUGUUCUCCUACUACCCGCCUACAAUGCAGAGUUCUCCUUUCCGGUGCUCAACCUGGUUGACCCAGUGGUCGUCUCUCUCCUUGACUCUCAAGGAAACGUACUCAGUCAGACGUCCCUCAGGGUACCUGCUAUAGUGGAGAAGCGGUUCCGAGAUGAGAUGCUGACGUGGACCAAUGGCGCACGAGUGCAUGUGAAGUCGAGCUUCAUGCUGACAGGGACGGAGAAGGCCAGGAUCGCAUCCAUGGUGCGCAAGCAGGUCGAGUCGACCCAGCAAGCCAUGGGCGCACGAGGCAAUACGGAUGGUGUCACGGCAAAGUCAGAGGAACAGGCAGGGGAGGGAAGUGUGAAGAGAGAGGAGCAGGACGCCCGGGAGCAACAGGAGGAGGAGGAGGAGGGGAAUGAGGGGGUGAAGCAACAGAAAAGAGGGGAGGAGGAAGUGGGGUUGGAGGUGAUGUGCGCAUCUGACUCUGCUGCGCCUGAAAGAGGCACUUCUGAGACGCCUCAAAAAGGGGAAGUGGAGCAGGAAGAAGGGGAGGAGGUGGAGGCGGAAUUGAAGCGUAGGUCUGCCUCUGUCGCCACCUCUACCUCUGCCUCUGCCUCUGCCUCUGCCUCUGCCACACCGCCCACCAUUGUCACUCCUACCCUGCCUUCCCCUAACCGCUCCUCUCAUGCAGCUACCUCCAUGGCAUCACCAUCAGCAUCGUUAUUAUCAGCAUCACCAUCCGCACUUCGACAAGUCACGUCAUCGCCAUCAUCACCAUCGCCAUCAGCAGCAUCAUCAUCAGCAUCAGCGCGUGCACGAAUCUCGUUGUCCACGCUGGCACAAGUGGCCCAGGAGGACGGCUUUGUGGUUGAUAACGAGGCGCCUUGUAAGCGGGUCAGACGGCCUCGGGGUGCAACCCUCGGUGCACGGCACCUGGUGCUAGAGUGCUCAUCCGGAGGAGGUUUAGCAACGGGUGCUGCUGGUAAUGAUGGUUCUGCUGCUGGUGAUAGUGGCGGUGUCUCUCGUGCUGGCGAAUUCUGUCUUGGUCCGGGGGGUGAGGAGAGUGGAAGGGCAGGGGUAGGAGGAGCACACAGGCAGAGCUUGUUUAUGAGGAGAGCUGGAAGCAGCAGAGGGAGUCACUUGGGCCAGCACGAAUGGCUGAGGGAGGGGCUUACACAGGCACAAGCACGAGCACACCCCUCCACCUCCGCCUUCGAAUCGACUCAAAAGGGGGGGCGAACGCAAACACAAGCUCAGGUGUACCCUUCCCCAUCCACCACCAGUGCCAGCAGCAGCCCUUCCUGCAGCAGCCGCUGGCUCAGAGAACCCAGCAGCACUGGAGGCAGCAUAUUCGGAACCAGCAGCACUGGAGGCAGCAUAUUCGGAACCAGCAGCACUGGAGGCAGCAUAUUCGGCUCCCAUAACAGCUCUGGCAUUGGGAGUGCGGGCUCGCACUCUCCCAGCAAGGCAGGUACUGGCCCAACAAGGCCUGCACCUUGGGAGUGCAGGCUCGCACUCCCUCCCACUGCAGACUUGAAGUCCCAAGGCAAGGCAGGUUUGGAGACGGAGGAUGGAGGCAGUUCAGGCAGCAGAGGUGGUUCAGCCUUGGCCACAAGCCAGGAUGUGUUAUUUUCAAGCAGCAAUUGCGGCAGUGCUAGCAGCAGCCUGGGCGAUUUCCUCUUUGGUGCAACGCGCGAGGAGGCCCCCUCCUUCCCGCCCCGUAGGUUCAGUGACGUGGGGUCGCUGACUCAGCUGAUGAACACGUGGCAGCAGCACAGCGCUUCAGCGGCCAACUCAGCUGCCAGAUCAGCUGUCCGCCCAUCUGUCAGUGGCAGUGGCAACGGCUGUGGCAGCAGUAGUGCCUGUGCGGUGGCCGCCGCAAGUGCAGCUGCCAGUGGCAUUGGCAGUGGCAGUGGCCAAGGAGACGGCAGUGCUGCACCGACCUUGGGAAAGGAAGGAAAUAUCGAGAGCAAUGGGCGGAGACCCUCCACGUUCCCAGUGCCUGGUCGGUACAGCGAUGCCAUUGGGUGGCGGAGAGGCGUGGGAAGGGGCGUGUUGGGAGAGCAAGGAGUGGCUAUGGGAAGGAGGGAAGCCGCGGGGAGGGGGGAGAACCUGGGGAGGGGGGAGCACCUGGGGAGGGGGGAGCACCUGGGGAGGGGGGAGCACCUGGGGAGGGGGGAGCACCUGGGGAGGGGGGAGCACCUGGGGCAGCUGCUGCAGCGGUGGGCAGAGGACGAUAAGUUCUGGGAGGAGGUGCGGCGGCAGCGAGUCUUGGAGAAAGGCAAGGGGGCAGCGGCAGUUUCAGGAGAGUUAAAUGCACAAGCGGCACGGCCAGCAGGGACGGCAGGGACAGCAAGGCCAGCAGGGACGACAGGGACAGUAAGGCCGGCUAGGUCUGCAGGAGAGCUAGUGACAGCAGCAGCAGCAGCAGCAGCAGUGACGUCAUCACCAGUGACCAUGACACUAGAAGCCAAGCGAGCUGCCCCGUCAGCGUCUUUGUUGCCAUCAUUCUCACAUGGAGGGAUGCCAUCAGAACCCUCAGGUGGACGUUCAGAUGCACCCUCAGGUGCUCCCUCAGGUGCUCCCUCAGGUGCUCCCUCAGGUGCUCCCCCAGGUGCUUCCUCCGAUGCAUCGGCUUUGCGUGGUUACUGCAUGCAGAAGGGCCGAGGCAUGCAGAGCAGCAGCAACAGGAGUGACGGUAGUGUCAGUCACCCCAGCAGCAGCAUUGCCACUGAUGCUGCAACUUCCGGCCAGAGAGGGUCCCCUUAUAAGCAGUCUCAUUGUAGGAGCUCCCCUCUGAAGCGACGGCCGCGUGUGGAGCAUGGUGAUGGGAAACACAGCCCUCAAAGUAGCGGUGGCACUGGCAGUGGCUGGACCAGUGGUGGUAGGAACAGUGGUACCUUUGAGGAGACUCGGAUGCAGAACCGUCAAAAUAGUAGUGGCAGUGGUGGUGAUAGGUCUAGCAGUGGCAGGUUCAAAGGAGAGAGGAGAGAGGAGGGAGGAAAGGUGGAGAGAGAGGGGGAGGGGGGGCAGAGGAAGCAGCCGCAGGGGCAUCAGAAGGUGGUGAGGCGGGUGAGGAGGACAGCAGUCGCUGACAGGGUCGGAGUGGUGGGGCAGGUGCAGCGAUGGAUGCAUGGGCUGGGGCCUAUUGCCAAACAUGUGCUUGCCAUAGGAGGGGUGGCAUUGCUGGCAGCAGUGGCGCUUGUGCCCCACCGUCCCAGGCAGCAGAGAGAGGCACUGACGCCACUACAGGUGGCGGAGCGAAUGAGGAAUGGGAGCGCCAGGGAACUGGACGGAAAGAUCUGGAUCGUGAGGCCUGGAGACACCCUGUGCUCUCUCGUGCCUCGAGGUGACUUGUGCGAUCCAAACUCCGACUUCUUCAAGCUGAACCCCGAGGUGUGUGAUGUCAACAAGAUCUACUCGGGACAGUGCCUGCGCCUGCCGUAGAAGAAUCACAGCCGUCACUUGGGCUGCAUGGCUGCAUGGCUGUUGCAUGGCCACAUCCGCUGCAGGCUGCAUGGCUGCAUGGCUGCAUGGCUGGCUAGUUGGGACAACAGGAUACAUUCCGGGCAAUGCUUGUCGCUGCCGAAAUGCCUUACAGGUCACAUCGUCCCCGGCGCGCCCCCACACCCAUCACAUGUGCUCCAUGCCACACCCAUCACAUGUGCUCCAUGCCACACCCAUCACAUGUGCUCCAUGCCACACCCAUCACAUGUGCUCCAUGCCACACCCAUCACAUGUGCUCCAUGCCACACCAUGGUAUGAUGUCACCCCACAGCCACCAACUGAUUCCGGCAACCCACCUUCACACAGCUGUGAACGAUUCAACCUCCAGUGACACCGUCUCUUUCGUGACACGGUUCUAUAGUGACACGGUCUCUACAGUGACACCAACUCUAUAGUGGCACCAUCUCUAUAGUGACACUUUCUGCAGUCUUCAUGCCGCGCGCACCCUCACACUGUCUCGCACGGUGGGACUUUUCUUUCCGCACUGGGGAGGUGACAUUUGAGUCGACUCAAAAGGCACUGGGGUGGGGAGGUUUCAUUGGUGACCAAAGAGACGGCAUCAGCGAGGCACACUGGGUUGCAAUUAGGGCCAGUGAUUUGAGGCAUUUCACCCUGAUUACCCUUGCCAGCGGCCACUUUUUGGAGUAAACCCUGAUUUUGUAAGGGUAAAUAAGUGUUUUGAGGCUGAAUUUGCCCCUGGCACCCUUACAAAUCAGGGUGACAUCGUCAUGCUACCCUGAUUCCUAAGGGUGCCCCAAAACCAAUAUUGGCGGCACUGUGGAAUAGUUAUAUAAAACAGGCCUGGGAUUCCUCUAGGUUUUGCUUAGCCACCAGGUUGCUCUCAAACCCGCACUCUCAUGCGGAAGAGUCGUCUAGUGUU